AUUUCGGCCAAUCGUAUAGAGUUCCAUCAGCUUAUAAGUUUUCGAAUCCCAUAUUAAUUUCAGAAAAACAAAGGAUUCAAAAAGAUGUGGUGUCUGUCCAACGACAUUACUGGAGAGAAUACGGUUGUACACUCAUGUCUGAUGGCUGGAAAAGAAAAAACAACCGUACGAUUGUAAACUUUCUAGUUUACAGUGGUAGUGGAAUUACGUUUUUGAAAAGUGUCGAUAUAGAACAUAAUCGGUUGACAACAGAGUAUUUAAUUACUUUGUUCAAGCCUGUUAUAGAUGAUGUCGGUUCGAGAAAUAUUGUUCAAUUAGUAACAGAUCAAGGAUCUCAAUUCAAAGCGGCGGGUAAGAGAUUGGCAUCAAAAUAUGACACAUUUUUCUGGGUUCUUUGUGUUGCUCACGUAUUGGACUUGAUGUUGGAAGACAUGGAAAAAUUCCCCUUUAUUAAAGAUGUGAUCGGAGAAGCAAGACAAAUUAGCAAAUUUAUUUACAAUCAUGGUUGGGUUCUUGCUAGAUUUCGACAACAUUCAGCAGGACGCAAUUUAUUGCGCCUGGCUUAA